GUUGCGCUCGAAAGCUCGAAAGCGGAGGAAUCCAUUUGCAUGAUUCGCUUUGUAUGGGCGUCGUUAAGGCCUUCGCAAACGAGAUACCGUGCGAGCGAGCAAUCUGGCUUGAAUUUUUUUCGCGGGUUAUCGAAUGCGAUAAGCGAGCUAUACCCGUAAUCUCUUUGUUGGCGGUUUGUUUUACCUGCGUUAUUGACGCAGACGUUAGAAUAGUUGUGGUAAAUAGCUCGUCAAAAUGGCGUGGACUCCGGCUAACGUUACGGCCAAUUGUUCCAGCCACCCUUCGUCGUGUCAGCCCUCGGUACUGGCGUUCAUGGCCUUCUUGGUGCAACGCUUCGGUCAUUCCAACGACGAAUAUUUCGCCGACGCUAAAAAAUUUGAACCCUACGAGGAGUACGAUUUCAUCGUCGUCGGCGCUGGAAGCGCGGGAUGUGUCUUGGCCAAUCGAUUGAGUGAGAUACCAGACUGGAGAGUACUGCUCCUGGAAGCCGGGGAAGAGGAACCGAUGGUGGCGGACGUUCCAGCGUUCAAUAAGUUUCUAAGUGGAAGCAGUGCCGAUUGGGGGUAUACAACGCAGCCGCAGAGCAAUGCAUGUCUCGGCUCGGAGGAUAAAAAGUGCUCUUACGCUUCUGGAAAAGUGAUGGGCGGUACCAGUACAACGAACGCUAUGUACUAUUCUCGAGGCAACAAGCUGGACUACGACAACUGGGCUGAGCUUGGAAAUUUCGGAUGGAAUUACGAUGAGGUGCUUCGGUACUUUGUGAAAUCGGAAGACAACAGGGACGCAGACAUCGUAUCGAACGAUCCUAAGCGACACGGCACAGGAGGAUACUUGACGGUGCAAAGAUUUCCGUUCGUCGACAGGAACCUUCAGACCUUGAUCGACGCUUGGAAAGAGUUGGGAUACAAGCAAAUCGAUUACAACUCGGAGGAUCACAUCGGAUUCAACCGGGCCCAAUUCACAAGCUUGCACGGUUCCCGCCAAAGCACGAACGGAGCAUUCUUGAGACCCAUUCGCGGCAGAAGACCCAACCUCGUGGUGAAAGCCAGCUCUCCGACAACUAAACUCAUCAUCGACUCCAAUGCGCAGAGAGCUAUCGGCGUGGAGUACAGUUCUUUCGAUAACAAACAGAAAAUUCGCAAAGUGUUUGCGAGAAAAGAAGUUAUUCUAUCAGCUGGCGUGCUCAAUUCCCCCAAGCUUCUCAUGCUUUCUGGAAUCGGUAACGAGAAAUCGCUCGCCAAACUUGGUAUCGAAGCGAUAAAAGAUCUGCCGGUCGGCGAUAAUUUUCAGGAUCACGUCAACAUCAACCCUUUUACCGUGAUCUUUCAAAACACUUCCACGAUAGUGGGCAUCAGUGAGGUGCAAAACGACGCGACGUACUGGUUGAGUACGCACGAAGGGCCUCUGUCCACUUUGGGAUCUCCGUCGGAAAUGACCGGAUACGUGCAGACAUCUCGCGAGAAAAAUCCCGGCGUUCCGGACAUAUUGGUAGUAACGCAGAGCAGCAUCGUGACGGACGUCGAGAACGUACCGGCCAAUUUUUCUGCCGCUCCUUAUCCGCGUUCUUACUACAACGCCAUGGACAUAAAACUGAAACUGCUGAAUAUCCAGAGCAGAGGAUCGGUCGAGUUGAAUCAGAGCGAUCCUGUUUGGGGUGCUCCCCUGAUACAGCCAAACUUUCUCUCGAGCGAGGCGGACUUGGAAACGAUCGUGGAAGGAGCCCUCAUUGCAAAAAAGUUUUUGACAACCAGAGCCUUCAAAAGGGCCAAUAUCACCCACUAUAAAAAGCCAAAACCCGCCUGCAAGCAUUUGGACUUGGAAAGCGAGGCGUAUUUAAAAUGCGUAGCGGUAAAUUACACGGAGGCGGGUCUCCACGGAAUAGGCACUUGCAAAAUGGGUCCCGCGAACGAUCCCACUUCUGUAGUCGAUCCUAGGCUGCGGGUUCACGGGAUAAACAACCUGCGAGUCGUGGAUGCCUCCGUAAUGCCAGUCUUGCCGAGAGGAAAUACGAACGCGCCAACGAUCAUGAUCGCCGAAAAGGCAAGCGACAUGAUAAAGGAAGACUGGUCGGCUGAAUUUUCGUGAUGCAACUUUUGCGAUGGAUGUACAUCCUUUUUGCGCCUGUACGAGAAUAAAAAUACAAAAAUCUA